GCCACCGGAAAAGGGAUAAACCCUCUGCCUAUUUAAACCGUUCUCGGUUCGAAAUCUAUGCAGUGCUUGGUCUCUCAUUUCUCCGGGUUUUUUGUCCGACACUUCAUUACCUUUGCUCAGGAUGGUUUUCUCUCUCGUUGCCGUUUCUUGCCUUAUUGCUGUGGCCAGCGCAGCAGGCUACGGGCCAGGAGGAGGUAUGGGAAUGAUGAAUGGCGGUAUGGGAGGAGGCAUGAUGAACGGCGGCAUGGGUGGAGGAAUGAUGAACGGCGGCAUGGGAGGAGGAAUGAUGAACGGCGGCAUUGGAGGAGGAAUGGGCAAAAUGAUGAUGAUGAUGCCAGCAAAUAUGGGCAUGGGAGGAGGCAUGGGCUCCAUGAUGAUGCCAUCUUUGGGCGGCAUGAUGAAUGGAGGAAUGGGAGGCAGCAUGGGCAAAGGUAGUAUGAUGAUGAUGCCAAUGGGAAUGAUGAAUAUGAUGAAAGGUGGAAUGGGCGGAAAUAUGGGUGGAAUGAACAGUAUGAUGAUGCCAGCCAGCAUGGGCGGUAUGAUGGGCUCUGGAGGUAUGGGUGGCAUGGGAAGCAUGAAAUCCGCUUAUUAGAAAAGAGAUUCACUGCAUUCAUAAUUCAUCGUAAACAAAAGACCCCGAGGAGUUUUGCCUUUUUCUAUGUUUUAAUUAGUGAAAACUAGAAAUAAAUUAGUGACGCAAUCA